GCGAGGGGAGGAUGAUGCUCCCCUGGCGGCGAAGCCAGCGCCGGGUCCCGCGGGUCCCGCCCGCCUUCCCAAGCGAUCCCUGCCGCUGCGCAGGAAGCCUCUGCCUUCAGCAGGCUUAAUCCCAUUUGGCGAUUUGCCGCCGCGAGCAGGCGAGGCGGUGUGGGAGGUGGGCGCCGCGCCCCCCGCACCAUGUCCGUAACAGAUCAAGCCUUUGUGACCCUUGCUACCGAUGAUGUGUACUGUCAAGGCGCUCUGGUUCUCGGACAGUCGUUGAGGAACCAUACAACAUCUAGAAAACUGGCGGUGCUAAUUACACCAGAGGUUUCCAGUGGGAUGAGGUCUGUCCUCCGCAGUGUGUUUGAUGAAGUAAUUGAGGUGGAUGUCCUUGACAGUGCUGACUCAGUCCAUUUGGCUCUCAUGCAGAGGCCAGAACUGGGUGUAACCUUCACCAAGCUUCACUGUUGGACUCUUACUCAUUAUAGCAAAUGUGUCUUCAUGGAUGCAGACACUUUGGUGCUUUGCAAUGUUGAUGAAUUGUUUGAUCGAGAAGAGUUUUCAGCAGCUCCUGAUUCUGGGUGGCCUGACUGCUUUAAUAGCGGUGUAUUUGUGUUCCGACCUUCUUUGAACACUUACAACCUACUGCUCCAGUUUGCUGCUGAACAUGGCAGUUUUGAUGGGGGUGAUCAAGGCUUGUUGAACAGCUUCUUCAGCAACUGGGCAACAGCAGAUAUUGGCAAACACUUACCUUUCCUCUAUAACUUAAGCAGUAAUGCUGUGUACACCUAUGUUCCUGCUUUCAAUCAUUUUGGUAGAGAUGCCAAAGUUGUUCAUUUCUUGGGAGCAACAAAGCCCUGGAACUACAAAUACAACCUUCAAACAAAGAGAGUUAUGCAGGAUGGCACCGCUUCUGGAUCUUUUCAUCAGCUGUCAUUUCUUGCCCUCUGGUGGAAUAUAUACAGUGCCAGUAUAUUGCCUUUGUUAGAAAAACUUCAAAAGAUGGAAGAAUCGGAAUCUGAGGAAUGCAAGCACACUUUCAAUGGAGUUGAAAUUACACUGAAAAAGGUCAGUCCUUACAUGGCCAAUUCACUGCAAACGCCUGUGCCUCCAGAGCAGACGUAUGAAAUACAUCCCACAGCAUGUUCACCUGAGGAACUCACUUUCAAAGCUCAACCUGUAUGUGAAGCUGAACAAAGCAGUUCUAAUGUCCAGCUCUCCGAGCCUGAGAGACCUUCAGAACAACUCGUAUUUCAUCCUCCGUUUCAGGAAACUUCCGAACUGGAUGAGAUCACGCAUUCCAUUUUGGAGCUGUCCAUUAACUUCAAACCAGAAGAAACAAGUCCAGAAGAGGAACGGAGAAAAUGGGAGGAAGGGCGCAUGGACUAUAUGGGGAAAGAUGCUUUUGAACAUAUCAAAAAGAAAUUGGAUGCGUUUUUACUUUAAGAUGGAGUGUACUGUAGUUCGCAUCAUCAUCUAUGUUUUUUCUAUAAAUGCAGUCCUUGAGUACUUGGCUAUCUUCAUAGUUCAUUUGACACCAAAGUUAAAGAGCUAGAUAUGGAUCCUCAUAUAUUUUGGGGAAAGAUUAACAGGUACAGACUUUUUGGUUUUUUUUUUAAUUUUGUGCCUCAUCUUUAUUGUUAUACAUGUCAUCUUCAUUGUUCUCCUCUAGUGCCUUCUCAAGUAUAAUGAAUGGUACACUCUGAGUUUUAACUCUCAUAUUUAUCCUUCCUCCCUGCCACUUCCCAUAGCAUUCUGCAGAAACAGCCAUGAGUUUGAAACAUGUUGGAAGCUUAGAUUAUUUCACAAGUUGAGAUUAUUUCAAAAAUAUUUUUAGAAGAUGCUAUAAAACUAUUUAAAUGAAAACCUUGUUCUUGAAACCAAGUUAACACUUUCGAGGCAGCCAUAGCAUGGACUUCAAUAUAAGAAAAAAGUGAGGAGAUUAAAUCCUGGCCUGAUUGGAGUCUGCAACAAAGCUUUUAAUGUGUACUUGGGAGUAAAGGAAAUUCAGACUUUGUCCAAGAUUACUAGUGGAUGUUCUCCCUAUAGGGACUAUAUAGGAAGCUGCUCAACUUCAUGACCAGAGUGGUAUAAAAUGCUUAAGAUAGACUGGUAAUGUUAACCUUUUAUUUUAUUGCUAUAGGAUAUUGUUGGGUUUUUUAAAAUAUUGUUAGCUUUACUUGCAUAUUCAGUUACGUAAUCAGAGGAAGCAAUGCUGACACUAUGGUGUAAACCUUCUGGUGCUUUAUAUAUCAAUUUGUUUACAGUAUCCCAAGCUGCAGUUGACUAAGGUGUUCUUCUCAUUUAGCAGGGUUGUCCCAAAUUGCAGGCAGUUUGAGUGCGACUGAAAGCAUAAUUGGCACUUCUUUUAGUAAACCAGCCCUUUGAUGAUCUUUUAAACAAUAGCUGUGUGGGAACUAAUAAACCUGUGAGUGUAGUUCCUGAAAAAAUCUGCUGAUGAGACCCCAUUAUAUUAAGUAUACUCAUGGGGGAUAGCUUUGUGAAUUUAGGUAUAUAUAUUUGUCUAAUCUCAGAAAGUUUGUCUUAAUAAACAUGGAAAAAGAAACAGUUUUUGAAAGAAAGAAGCUUGACACACUUGCUAAUACGAUAACAGAUUUGACGUAGUUAUUCAUGCCACUCCAUAUUAGAAUAUGAAUUCUGCAGAGCUGAUAUUGUAAAGCUGUAAAGGACUGAUGUUGUAAAGUCCUGAUGCAGGACUUGAAACACAUUUCAGUCUUAAUAUGUCACCAGUUUUGGUACCUAAGAAAAUGUCUUGAGAAUUCUCUUUAAAAAAUGAUGUAGCGUUAUGCAUCAGAGGGAUUGCUAUAGAUGCUACCGGAGAAAAACGCAGGCUGGGAGGGAAGGAAUUUUUGUUUCUUUUUGCUCCUUCAAAAAAGGGUGGGGGGUAGGGAAUAACUUGCUCAAAUUAGUAAAGGAUCAAGAGAGUCAGAAUGUCCCUUAAAGGAAGAAAAAUUAUCCUUUGAGUUCUUUAGAAUGGCUUUCUCAUAUCCACAAUAGUGGAUUUGCUUUUACUUUUGUGGGGUAUUUGAUUUUAUCUAGUUCUUUUUUUCUCAUUUAUUCUAAGCGUCUUUAAAUGGGAAUUUGGUGGUUCUGCUGAAUUCAAGGCUUGUAGUUCAAGUUAGGUGUUUAGAGUCUCUGAAGUGAGAGAGAGAGAUGUCUGUAAGAUGAUUCUUCUCGGUUUCUCUCUUGAUCAUAAAGGGACUCUCGAGAGCCUGACUCUUCUGAGUAGAUAAUCUUCACAUGUUAACACAGGUAGCUGCAUUGUACCUUGUGUAUGGCCCAGUGCAGCAGUGUGUGGAGAUUAUAGCAGAGAAAGUUCUCUGUUUUAUAAACAUUAUCAUUAAUGUAUUUCCAACAGUUUUUAAAGACUGUAUAAAACUCUAGUCAACAAUGUGAACUCAUGCUUCAGGUAACUGUACUUUUUAUAGUAAUUAUUAGAUCUUACUGGACACAUUAAUUAGAUUAUGGGAGAAAAAUUACUGACAUGAAAUCAGUAACUGAAAGGUUUUGAAAUAAACAUAUGAAUGUAGUAAAAGGAGCUGUCAUGGAAUACAUUUGAAAGUGCUGGUAUGUGAAAUGGAUUAUGUAUGGAUUAUACAAUGUUUUGCAAAUAAAUGUAGUACGUUAAUGUCAUGGAAAUAAAAUACAAAUGGAAAGGACAUAUGAAGUCAUGUGCUUACCAGAUGAUUCAGGGUUACAAGUUGUUUUUGUUGUGCCCGGGACUAUUAUUUGUGACUGAUUGGUUACUUUAAUAUGCCUUUUAAAUUUUAUUAAUUGUUUUUUAGAUGUUAGCACUACCAGCACAGCAGAAUUAAAAAAUGUGAGUUAUAAUUAUUUCUACAGACAUACUUAAUUACAAGAUUUGUCAUUUCUUGAAUUAGCACAAUGGUAGUUGGCUUAUUGCAUCCAGAGGGACCUUGAGAGACUUGAGAGGUGGGCCUGUGUGAACCUCAUGAAGUUCAACAAAGCCAAAUGCAAGAUUCUACACCUGGGUCAGGGCAACUUAAAGCACAAUUACAGGCCGGGUGGAGAAUGGACUGAGAGUAGCCCUGAAGAGCUACUUGGAUGUGCUGAUGGAUGGGAAGCUCAGCAUGAGCUGGCAGUGUGUGCUUGCAGCCCAGAAAGCCGUCCGUAUCCUGGGCUGCAGCAAAAGAAGUGUGAGCAGCAGGUCAAGGAAGGUGAUUCUGCCCUUGUGCUCUUGUAAGACCUGACCCGGAGUAUUGAGUUCAGUUCUGGAGUCCUCAGCACAAGAAGGGUCUAUUAAAGGAAGCCCAGAGGAGAGCCAUGGAGGUGAUCAGAGGGGUGGAGCACAUCUGGUAUGAGGAAAGGCUGAGACAGCUGGGAUUGUUCAGCCUGGAGAAGGCUCCAGAGAGACCUGUGACUUUGCAGCACCUGAAGGAGGCCUGCAAGAAAGAGGGUAAGGGGCUCUGUAUCAGGGAGUGCAGGGAUAGGAUGAAGGUUAAUGGCUUUACACUGAAAGAAAGUAGAUUUAGAUUAGAUAUUAGGAAGGUUUUUUACUAUGAGGGUGGAGAGGCACUGGAUCAGGUUGCCUGGAGAAGUCACGGAUGCCCCAUCUGUGGAGGUGUUCAAGGCCAAGCUGGAUGAAGCUUUGAGCAGCCUGAUCUAGUGGAAGGUAUCCUUGUCCGUGUCAGGGAGGUUGGAACUAGAUGAUCUUUAAGGUGUCUUCCAACCAUUCUAUGAUGCUAUGGAAAAGUAUAGAUGUGGUUAAAAUCCUGCCCAAUUUUUUGUGUAAUGUCUUCAUUUAACAAGCUAAGAGUAAUUUAGUAUGGUAGUGCAUUCUAGCACAGUACUGGUAUCACCAGGAUGUGAGAAGGGAGAAUUUUGUGAGUAAAUCCAGAAUUUGCAAGUGCUGUGCUUUGUGCAGUUUUCUGUGCUCUUGCAGACAUGGUUCUGAGAUCUUGGGACCACAAGCAUGUCUGGGAGAUGUUGCCAUGAACCACAAGGCUGAGGUUUGCUAAGUCAAAACAUGGCUUGGAAAUAAAACUUCAAGCUUCACCUAGAAGUUCUUCCAUGUUAAAGUGUGAUAUAGCCUCAGGUACAUUUAGAGUAAAGGAGAGGUAAAUGUACGCUUUUUGGCAGCACCAUUCCUCCCUAAACAAGACAUACUCACUUUAGCAAUUUGGAAGCACUGUAGAAUAAUAACCUCCAUGAAAUGUAAAGGAAAAAAAAAUGGCACAGCAAAAUGAAAAUGGCUGAAGGUCUUUUACAGCUGGUCUGUGUGCAUGUGUGUGACUCAAGAGUUUUGUCAGCAUUGUUUAAGCCCUAUUGACCUGGGAAGGAGCUGUGAGGAUCUUGAAAGGCCAGACUCUGACCCAUUGCUGUGCGACAGACUCUGUACUUAAAGAGCACAGCUUGUGUUUUAAACAAAACAUGCUGAUUCUUCUGCUGCAGUGUGCUUAGUGCUAUGCACAGCUAGGCUUAGAGGGUAAUUUUAUUUGCUGUACAACAAAUUUAUUAGGUGCUCUUCGUGUAUAAGCAGGCAAUAGUGUGGGCGUGCCACGAGGAAAAUUCUUGAAAAUUUUAGACAUGUGGGUUAGUGCAAUAUCCUAGAGUACAGGAAAAGGAGAUUGUUGUUCUUGAAAUACUGCUUUAAUUAUUGCCUGGUAUAUUGUGAGGAUCUUUUCAACUGGGUUGUUCUUGGGAAAUAAGUUGUUUUCUUUGUCUCUGUAGUUCAGUCAGCUUGUGUCAGUUGUUUGGUAGGGCUGGUAUAUAAAGAAAUACUUAAUUUUUUUUCCUUGAGUUUUCUGUCCGUGAAUGACAGGUCGGGUUAGUAGCAGGUGGCUUUAUACACGUGCAUGCCUCUGCAAAUGUCUACUUGUUCAACAGAAAUAAGUCUGCAGCAUGCCUAUUUAUUCCUUACUAGAACUAAUUCCUUUGUUUUGCUAAACUAUUGCAAACUGUUUUGAUUCCCGUGACUUUGAAAAUAACAUGAAAUCCGCCUGUUUUUGUAAUUCACAUCUCUAAUAUGUUUACCUUUACGUAAAGGUAUUUAGACUAGUCUAUAGAAAUAAAAAAUGUAUAUUUAAUUGCUUUCCCCCCAUUUUUUUUUCUUCAUUGUUUUGGGAUUUUAUUUCAGUGGUUUUGUUUUUUAUUUAUCAGUCUCAUAAAUGAGAUUAAAUGCAUAGCAGUCAAUUCUUAAAUAGCCUGCGAAAAUACAUGUCAGUUAAUACUAGUCACUGAAGUAGGCUGCCAGCUGGCUUGUAAGUAAUAGUUUCUUUGGCACUGGCAGUUAAAAAGAGUGACACUCAAGCAGUAUGUUACAACCUGGUAUAAACUUCAACUUGUAAUAACAGCAUGCCAUAAUUAUAGCAAAGGUAGUUAAAAAAAAUACAAUGAUAAAUAAUUGAUUUUAAACAUUAUAAAAACUAAUUGUGCAAAGAUUGUCAGUGAUAUACUCUGUAUAAAGGAAAAAAAAUACAGUUGCAAGCAUUUUUACUGAAUUUUACUUUGACUGUUGUCAGAACCCUUUCCACUUCAGCAGACUGGAGAGAAAAAAAUUAAAAUACCAAGACAGACAGCCUUUGUGUCUGUGAUUAUUUUAAUACUUUUCCUACUUCAGGAUGGCAUGACAUUAACUGCAUUAGAAAAGUGUUUGUUCCCUUUUAUGCUACUGUACAGUGUUCUGAAUCAUGAUAUAUAAGGGUGGUUUUCCUUUCUAUGCAUAAUAUCAGAAACGGGUAACUUGUUUUGUUUUAGAGAAAUACAAUUUUCAAGGCCUUCUCAUAGCAUUAAAUACUCGGAACAAAACUGAUUGCAUGUGAUGCGGGGUACCUGUUUUCUUUUUUGUUUAGUUUAAAGACUUGAAUUUUUCUUAAAACCUCCAUAAAUUCUUUGUAUUCCCAAACCUUUUACUUACAGCUUUUAGACAAAUGGCAGAACAGAAGCUAGGGUUGUUUGCAAGAUGUAGCAACCCCACUUAUUUGGGGGUUAGGAUUUAUUUUUUAAUAUUUUUGCUUGCUUUCAAAAAAAUCUUAGUAAUGCAGUAGUAUGGUAAUUCAAAGAGAAACUAGUUCUUUAAUAAACGUGAUUUUAUGGACUUGUUUAGAUGUAACAUUGCAAUCAAAACAGUCUACAAAACCCCACCAAUAUUUUAUUCAUUUUAAUACAUGUAUGAUGUGUGUUCUUGCAUUUUCAUGUACAAUCGAGCGAUGAGCAAAAGUUUUUUUGAUAUUUAGUCCUUCUUUUUGGUCAUUUAUGUAAAUGCUUUUCCAAUAUGCUAAGAGUCCUGUGGAAUUUCAAGAUGGAUAAACUUUAAGCUCAAAUUGCUUUUCUGAGUUUAUGUUACACAGAUAUUUUGCAUCUCCAAAUGAUGGGAUCUUGUGAUUUGCAUGCUGGCAUUUCCUUGAGUCUCAGCAGGGAGCAAAGCGAUACAUCUAAUGUUUAAACAUAGUGAAAUGAGGACUCUUUGAAGCUUAUUGUCUCACUACUGUGAGACUUGACAAUUAGUUUGUUGAGUCAGUCUAAUGCAGUGAUUCCAAAUGGCAUUUAAUAAUGAUCAAACUAUUUAGAAGGAAGUCGUCUUCAUACAACAUGAAGGUCAAGCUUUUAUACAGUUGAGACGCAACUCUUUCAAUAAAAACAGACUUCAUUUGUUACAGAGCAAUGUUUCCCUCUCUAUGAUGUCUAUAUUUAACCAUGUGUAGGCGCAUUCUCUUAUGGCUCACACUGGCCUGGAGAUCUGCCAAUUGUCUCAAUUUUUCCCAACAGGCCAUUGUAUGUGGCGCUUACUGUCUUCAACAAAGGAAGAAACAAUGAGAAAAGAAUGGAGAAAGCAUAUAAUUUAGCUUUUGUUCUUAUAGUCACGUAUUUUGCAAAAGAUCAUUAUAGAGGAUUUUUUAGGCAAACUUAGGUAACUAACUUGAGUUUACUUAUUUCAGUAUUAUUCAAAUGCAAACAGUUUUUUUAACAGCUUUGUACCUAUUAAUGCAUUUUAUGUGGAAGUGUGCACCAGGACAACUCUUGAGCGCGAUGUUGGGUUCACCUGCUUUUUGGGGAAUAUACAUUUCCUAGGAGAUCAGAACAAUAGUUAGUGCAGAACUUACAUGUAUACAUACUUACUGUAUACAGGCGAAGAGAUCAGCAACCAAUCAAUCCAUGGCUAUGGAGAAAAGAGGUAAAAUAAUUUAUCUCCGUUCCUGUGUACCACUUCAAAAUCUGCAUCUUUUAAGAUACAUUUACCUUUAGAUGAUGAAAGGAAUUUAGGACUGAAAAUAGGCUGUCCCCUGUGUUUUUUGAAGUACAUUGUGCAUCCUAUUCAGUGAUUUCCCAUUGAUUUUUUUUUUUUCUCCUUGUUCCCUCCAGAUUACAUCUGUGCACAGUCUGCCCUCUUCCUCUCUCUGUUUCUGGGGGAAGAGUCCAUUUCCCUGUGCCUGGCUGAAGUCUCCAGCAGUUACUUGACAAAAGCCAGUUGUUCUAUGUCGCCUGGCCUUUUUCCACCACUUCCUUCCCAAAAGCCCUCUGGCUUUCCACAGUUGCCAGCUAAAAUGAAAUUAUCUGUGUUUGGAUGUCAGGAAGAGAGCACGUACAUUCACGAGAGUCCUUAGUGUUUGACUUUAUAUUGCGGUUUAGCAAAUUUACCUUUCAGCGGAGUGAAAUGUUGCAUGAAAAUUUAGUAUUUACUUUUUUGUGGGGUGACUUUUUUUUUUUCCCCUGUGAGACGAAAGGCAGGCUUGCUUGAUAGACAUGGUAUUAGCCAAUCCAAAUGCACUGUCCUCAUUUUUCUAGCUCUUAGCUUGGCUUUAAACUUGGGUUGAAAGUAUGCAUGCUAUUUUUGGAGGUGGAGUUCAGGGUUUUUCCUCAUAUACUGGACUCUUCCCAGUCUGUCAGCAGGAGCUUGGACCUAUGCUUACAUCCUGCGUGGGUGUUUGAACACCUUUCCAUCCCUCCAUAAAUACUCUAAUUGUGGCCUAGUCCGGGACCGGGCAUGUUCUUUUGUAUAAGAAGGAUAGGAGAGUGAGGAGCGCAGUACUGAGAAAAAGCUUAUCCUUAUGCUUAACUGACAAUGUAGAUGUUGCUGAAAUGACCGGCUUAAGUCUAGAGAACAGCUUAUGGCUUUGUUCCCCACCGAGCAAUAAGAUUUCUCCUCCAUCUCUGAAUUGCCCAGACUGGCUUUAAAAUGCAUGGUCUUUUGUGCUCUUUUCUUUCUGCAUAAAUCCAGUGAAAUAUAGCUGCUCUAGUUUCAAUCCCUAUCAGCCACAGAAAAAUGUCAAAUCUUCUGAUGGGUUCUUAGCAAAGCUGAUGUGGAUUUAAAUGCUAUCAAGCAGUAAGAACAAAUGUAUUUUUAGAUACUCCUGUCUAGUCUGACAUUGAUGUGUCCUAUCAGUUCACUGUCAGAUUAGCCUUUUGAUUUAUGUGGAAUAAUUUCCAUAUAGCUUGCUUGGUGUCCUUUUAGAGGAAAGAUAAAACAUGAAAUAAGCUGCAGGAAUGUGAGGGGUCAGGUUUUUUGAGACUUGUGUUUGGUGCUGCGUCAUGGUCAUAACCUGUGCUGUUCAAAGCAAAAUACCAGUGAUUUAUCACACCAGUGACAUACCAUGUUGAGGGGUAUAAGUAAAGUAAGAAGCUUGCUUGAAAACACUGCAAAAGGUGCAUAGCCCAGGCACACAAGCUUUUUUGUCCUGAGGCUGAUGAAAGGGCUGGGACCUGCUGUUGCAGCUCAUGAGAUGGGAGCGCAGCACUCUGCUCUGGGAUUAUCAGCUGCCAUGGGCCUUCUUAUCUCCUCCUGUUUGUGAAAGGGGAAAAAUGACAUGCAGACAACCUUGGUACUGAGCAGAGCUGCACUGGUGUGUCUCUGCAAGUUCGCUAGCUUUAGGGAAACAGGUCACUUGAAGCACCUGCUGUGCAGCUCUUAUUGUCCCUUGUUACUUUUAAAAUCUUGGUGACCUUUAGCUGUGUGGUAGGAGCGAAUACACAGUGUUCGGGAAG